AAAUGGCCGGCGAUGGUGGCACCCAACGAUCUCCCAAGAACAUUGAUCUAUUCAUAGCCGACAAAAACAUUCCUAAAACAAAACAUCUAUCCAUUGAUACUAACGACAGCGUCCCACACUCUCCAAGAAGCUCCGGCGGGUUCACAAACGCUAGCCGCCUCUCCGUCGACUCUCAGAUACCGAAACCACCACCACCACCAGGAACAUAUCUCGUUCAAAUCCCCAGAGAACAGAUUUACCGUGUUCCUCCGCCGGAGAAUGCUCGCCGUUACGAAGAUCUUGUUGGAAUGAAAAAUCUCUCUCGCCGGAAGCCUAAUCGAUCAGCUUGUCGCCGGUGCUGCUGCUACUCUUUAACUGUUUUACUCGUUCUUGUCACCCUCGCGGCGGUUCUUGUCGGGAUCUUCUUCCUCGUUUUUCGACCGCAUAAGCCGAUGUUCUCCGUGAGUGGAGUCUCCGUCGCCGGAAUCAAUCUGACGUCGUCAACGUCUCUGAUAUCUCCGUUAGUCGAAGUCAAGGUGAGGUCUGAGAACGUUAACGAGAAACUCGGGUUAAUAUACGGCGGAGGAAGCGCGGCUGAGAUUUUCUACGACGGAGUCAAACUAGGUGACGGCGAGUUCACGGCGUUUGAUCAGCCACCGGAGAAUGUAACGUUGACGGUGACGACGUUGAGAGGAUCAAGGAUCCAGUUAACGAGCUCGACGGUGGAAGAUUUAAAGGAAUCGGAGAAGAAAGGAAAAGUGCCGUUUGAUUUGAGGGUUAAAGCGCCGUUUAAGUUUAAAGUUGGCGUUGUGACCAUGUGGACGAUGGCCGUUACGGUGGACUGCAAACUAAAAGUGGAUAAACUGACGUCAUCAGCAACUGUGAUAACCGAAAAUUGCGUUACCGAAGGCAUAAUCCUUUUAUGA